CAGAGUUAAUCUGGUUGUAUGUGACCAGUCUCUAGCACGCAAGUGAACAAAAUGAAGAGGGGUGCGCACGCGGGUGCAGAUAAUAUUGGAUAGAGGUUCAGCAAAAUACAUCUACAUUGUGCAUUGGAAUUUGACAAGUGCGUGCAGUUAUUUCUAGAUAAAUAGAAUCAAUAAGAUUGCGUGUUUUGUAUUACUCUAAAAAAAAAAAAGGAAAACCAGAACCAGGAUAAUUCUGCAGCCAGCAAGUGGGCCAAUAAUUUAAAUAAAAUCGGGAAUGUCGAAGUGGCUAACAGUUGAGUGUUGGAGUAAAUUAAAUAAUCAGCUUGAGGACAAGGCGAAAAGUAAAAAUAAUAAUUUAAAAAAAGAAGAAGUAAAUACCGCGGGAGGAAAUGUCUUACAGUGAUGGCGGGCGCUCAAUACGUAAAUCCGGAUCAAAGUCGCCAAAAAAAUUACGAGUUACCAAAUUAGAAAACAGUGAUAAGGCAACAACGACAAUAAGCUACGGGAACCAUCAUCAUCACCAUCACCAUCAUCAUCGUCAUCGGCAUAAUUUAAUUGAUGGACCACAACCGUCUAUACACAAACGUAAUCUCUAUGUCGUUUCGUUCCCACUUAUUCUUGUUUUCAAUGUAUUGAGAACUCUGCUUUAUCAGCUGUUUGUUGUUUUUAAGUAUCUGUACGCAUCGACAAACCACUUGAUUCGUAGAACUAAAGCAAAUAAAGGACAGUGUCAGUUUGAGAUUAUUGUUAGACCUGAAACAAACGAUUUGUUGGCUGUAUCAAGUGAUAAAGACAGUUCUGUUAUGUCGCAAAUAGCAAGAAGACCUGGACCUGGUCCUGGUGACCCGUUGCUUGCUAAACAAAAACAUCAUCAUCGACGGGCAUUUGAAUUUAUUAGCAAGGCUUUGAAAAUUGAUGAAGAGAAUGAAGGACACAAAGAGAUGGCAAUUGAAUUAUACAAAAAAGGUAUUGGAGAAUUAGAGAAGGGAGUUGCUGUCGAAUGUUAUGGAGGCAGAGGAGAAGUUUACGAGAGAGCACAGAGAUUACAUGAAAAAAUGCGAGCUAACUUGGUAAUGGCCAAGGAUCGACUUGAUUUUUUAGCGAAUAUUUGUGCGCUGAAAAAACUGGAAGUAGCUAAUGACUGUCGUGGUGGUGAAAAAAAUACUGAGGAGAGUACUUCUGAUGCUUCUGAUAGUAAUAAUAAAAUAAAGUAUCCAAGAAUAAGGAAAAAUUUAUCGGUAUUACGGUCAAAUGAAUCUUUAAUGGACCCUAGUAAUAAUUCCAUCAAAUCCUACAUCAAUAAUUCUCAUAUUGUCAGUACAACUCACGGUACAAAUACACAUAUUAAUAAGUCGACAAUGCAAAGACCAUUGUCACCAAAAAAUAGUCAUACUCGUACUUCAGAAGCGUCUGGUAGGAAGCUGACUGUUGCGAGUAAACGUGUACCGGGGACAAUAAGUAAAAGUCAAACAUUACCACGGAGUAUGGGUCGGUCGACACCAACACAUUCGUGUCAUCGGACGACACCGAUAAAGCCUUUGGGGACACCUCCGUCCAUGAAACGACAGUUAUCAGUGCCUGGAAAUGGAUCUCCUAUAAGACGUCCCGGUACACCUGGAGGUUCAAACAGCAACCGUGGAACUCCAUCGAGAAAAGUUCCAAUGUUAAAAGGAGUUGAUCCGAAACUAGCCCAAGUUAUUUUAGAUGAAAUACUAGAAGGUGGUACUGCAGUACAGUGGGAUGAUAUUGCUGGCCAGGAAGUUGCUAAACAAGCGCUACAAGAAAUGGUAAUACUGCCAUCUCUUCGACCUGAACUAUUUACAGGUCUGAGAACACCAGCACGAGGUCUGUUACUAUUUGGACCUCCUGGUAAUGGAAAGACUUUGUUAGCUCGUGCUGUAGCUACUCAAUGUAAUGCUACAUUUUUUUCAAUAUCUGCUGCUAGUUUGACAUCGAAGUAUGUCGGCGAAGGAGAAAAAUUAGUAAGAGCAUUAUUUGCUAUUGCACGAGAGCUCCAACCGUCAGUUAUUUUUAUCGAUGAGGUUGACUCUCUGUUGAGUGAAAGACGUGACAAUGAACACGAAGCAUCAAGAAGAUUAAAAACAGAAUUUCUUGUUGAGUUUGAUGGGUUACCUUGUAAUCCAGACGAACGUGUUCUUGUUAUGGCGGCAACUAAUCGACCGCAGGAGUUGGAUGAAGCAGCAUUAAGACGAUUUCCUAAACGUGUUUAUGUUACUUUGCCAGAUCUUCAAACCAGAGUAACACUUUUGAAGAGACUUUUAGGUAAACACAGUGAUCCAUUGACAACUGAAGAGCUUCAUAAGACAGCAAUUCUUACUGAAGGAUACUCUGGAAGUGAUUUAACUGGUUUAGCAAAGGAUGCUGCUCUUGGACCUAUUAGAGAGUUAAAUCCUGAGCAAGUAAAGGCACUUGAUUUAAACCUCGUUCGCAAUAUCACUCUGCAAGAUUUUUUGGAUUCAUUGAAGAGGAUUCGCCGAUCCGUAUCACCGUCAAGCCUCGCGGCAUUUGAAAAGUGGAGUCUCGAAUACGGAGAUGUAAGUCUUUGAUUUAUAAAGUGCCCAUUUAAGGGCUUCCGUACUUGAUUAUCUGUAAUACCUCUAAUAAGAGAAAAAAAUAAUAAAACAAAAAAGCGCUCACAUUUUUACUACCAUUUUUGCAUUGAGGAUAAAAGUACUGAAGGAUCUCAAAGCAAAUUUUGUUAUUAAUUACAUCCAUAAGUAACAGUGAGGAUUUUUUAAGUGAUACUAUUAGCAACUGCGAAAAGAUAAGUCAUUUAGUAAAUUUAAAUUGUCUAGAAAUUGGUAGAAAAAAAAGCAAUUGUUUCUAUAGCUUCAAUAAAUUUUUAAGCAUACUAAGUAUAUAAUAGUUAAAAAAAAAAGGAGUAUAUUUACAUUUAUAAAUGCAACAGUGCACGUCCACAAGGAUAAUAAAAUAAAAAUGAAGAAUAAAAAAAAUAUAAACAGUCACUUAUCUAGUCGUAGUGUAAAACACAUGUACAAAAACACCUAUAUCAAAAAAUAAAAUAAUAACCAUAAGAAAUAUGAUACCAGUGAAAUAAUGUCUCAGAGAGCAAUCAGAAUUUAAUAAAAAAUUUUAAUUUUAAAAUAAUUAUGAGAGAUUGAAAAUUACAUCGAUUUGAAAUGUGAAAAAUUAUUUAGACAACGAAUUUAAAUACGUAAUUCUAAAUCUUCAUUUUCUAUUGGAAAACAGUGAUAUUGUUCAGUCUUCUUGAUUUUUUUUUCUUUUAUGAAGAGAAAAGUAAAAGGGUUUCAUGCUUAAGGUUUUGUUAGUUAUAAAAUAAUAGUACGUCGAUCAGGGUGAUUAAAAAAAAUUUUUUUGAUUUUUUUUGCUCUUACCCUCUGAAUUUUAGUGGUGGCCCAAAAAAAAAUCUUCCCAUAAGACGGAUUCUCUAGCUCAACUCUAAGAGGUCGCAAUUUUAAUUUUACAUUUGAUCAACCGGUGAAAUUUUUUUUUUCAUUGAAGUUAAUUAUUUAAAGCUGAUUCAUGAAGCUUUCCAAAACCCUAUGAUAAGUCAAAAUUAUAGCCAAUUGAAGCUAGCAAAAAAAAAAAAAAUUUUUAAUUAAUAAUGUCAUUUGGAAAUAUACGAAAUCAAUACUUUCUAGAUAGCUUCAAUUGCCGCUUCAAUUAUGAUAAUUAUGACAUCAUAAGGUUUCAGAGAGCUUGAGGAAUCAGCUCUGAAGAUCUAUGCAUACAUUAAAAAAACAUUCAAUAGCUUACGAGUAAUUAAACUUUUAAUGAAAAAAAAAAUUUUUCACAUGAUCAAUAUAAAAUUAAAAUCAAAACUGCAACCUCUUAGAGUUGAGCUAGAGGGCCCAUUUUUAGGAAGAUUUUUUUCUCGGCAACCAUUAGCGUUUCAGAGGGUAAGAGAAAAAAAAAAUUUUUUUUGAAUCACCCUAGUGUCGAUGGUUGCAUUGUGAUCAAAAUAUUUGUGUAUUGUUGUGAGAAAAAAGUUGAUUGAUAUGAGAAUAGUAGAUAUCAAUUUUUUCAAUUAUUGAUAAUAAUUGUAUUUUUCACAUGCAAAUAAUAUAAAAAGAUAACCGAUGUCGGUAAUUUUGCAUGUAUAUUUAUUCGCUCUCUAUAUAUAAUUGAUACUCGAUCAUAUAUAUUUAUAAAAAUAAAUGUAAUAUCGUAACUACUGUCGUUCGAAUCGUACGUAAAACUUGGACGAUGUAUGUGAUAUUUUUAAACGAAUUGUUAUGUAAAUUAAACAGUGAGCCUCUUUAAUCUUAAUUGUAUUACUAUAACUUGCAGUUGCUUUUUACUGCUACGCAAAAUAGAACAUAAAUGAUGAAAUAAGUACAAACACGAAAGCAGCUAUGAAAUUAUUUUUUCUUUUUUCCUUAUCUAUUUAAUUUGUUAUCUUAUUUAAUUAUUUUAAGAUAAAAAAAAAUUAUCGUUAAUGUUUUUUGAGGCUUCUUAUUAUUAUAUAUAUUUCAUGACAUACAAUUCGUAUUUGUAACUUGUUAUUUAAUUUAUUAACGAAACAUUCCGUAAAAAAAAUAUUUGUAUGUAUAUAUUAAUAUUACGAUAAGCUUGAUAACACUUUUAUGUUUAAAUGGCAAUGUCAUAUCGUUACGUUUAUACUAAUCAUUGCUUUUUUUUACUUCUCGAAUAACGUACGGGUGAAUAAAAAAAAAAAAAAGUAAUAAUAAUAAUAAUAAUAAUAAUGAACGUUUUCCAAAGCUCAAAAAAAAAUAUAUUUUUUUUUAAUAAAUAAAAAAAAUGCGCACUUACCAGCACAUAUUUAUUAUUCAAUUUUGAUCGAAAGCUGUGGUAAUAAAAUAAAAUUUAACAAGAAAAAAAAAAGUUAAUCAAUCUAAUCGAUUUAUAGGGAAGUACAGCAUUAAAUUAAAAAUGCUAUUUUCCUACGCCUUCCGAUACAAUUCAGCCUUGAUCCAAUUAUUUUGCUACUUUUAUAAACUCAUAGCGUUAAAUUAAAUAAGAAAACAAAAAAUAAAUAAUGUGAUUUAACAAUUACUCAUCACUUUUUGAUUAAUAUGUCAAAUAAAAUGUCAAAAAAAUAAUAAAAAAUAAAUAAAAUGUAAAAGGCUCGGAAAUUUUACAUAUUGGACUUGAUGUUAUGAUGAAUUCAUAUUAAUAACCGAUGCUUUGGUGUAAAUUUAUAAACGCGUUUAUAUGAAAUUGUGCGAUGAAAAUAAUUUAAUUACUGUAUCUGCUAUGUACAAUCAUUAAUUACUUGUAUUAUUAAUUUGUUUUUUUGUUUAAAUUAAGUUCAGUUACAUUUCAUGACUUCCUCGAUUGUAAUAAGCAAAUUAUGUUUAAUUAUUGUUAAUAAUUGUUGUAAUUUAUUACCAAAUUAGACUUCCAUUUUUUGAAAUUAAUAUUAAAUAAUAGAGUAGUAGCAGUUCAUUAUUUAUAUUAAAUAUCGUUGCGAUGUAUUCGUUAAUUAAUAAUUUUAAUUUAAAAUGUUAUAUUUAUAUUUAAAAAAUAAUAAUUAUAUUAAAUUAAUAGCAUUAAUUAUAGUAUAGCUUAUAAUUGCCGUUGAUUCGCUAAUUACGAAUCAUAUGUGAACUAGCUAUUUUCUAGUCGCCAUCGCGUAUGCGAUUGUUUAAAUUUAUAUAAUUAUAAAACAAUAUUAAGUCAAUUUACUAAUGUAAUAUAUGAGAUGGUGAAUAAAAAUAAUGUCGCGUUUAAAUUAAAUAUCUGGUUAGUUAUUAUUUCAAUGGGCAUAUCAAGUUUAUAAAAAAGAAAUACGAUUAUGUAUUUUAAAUAUUUAUUCCUUUUUUUCAUUUAAAGGACAAUUUGUUUGUGUUUUUUUUUUUUUUGUUUUUUUAUUCUUUUUUUUAUUAUAAGAUAACAUUAUCCUAAGCAUUGUCGAGGUUUAUGCCAACCCCACAUACCUAAAUUAUUUUUUUAUAUAACAUUCUUUUAUCUUUUUUUUUUUCUUUUUUCUUUUCUUUACGCCUUCCAUUACUUCACUGAUUAAUAGUUAUCCAUAGUCAGAAUUUUUACUGCUGCCAGCGUUUUAUUAUUUAUUCAUUUAUUAUAAUUUUCAGUUAUAUUGUAAUUAUAAUUUUUAUCUAUAUAUUAUUCGUAUCAUUUUUUUUUUUUUUUUUUUUUAUCAGAAUUGUUUAUUUUUUUUACUAUGUCUUACACAUUACGCUUAAUAACUGACUAUGGACACAUUUUUAUUUUUAUUCAUUCUUUUUUUUUUUAUUAUUUUCAAUUUUGUUAUUUUUGGUGAAAAGUGCGAAUGGAAAUUUCGGGGCAUUCUUAUAAAAAUUUUAUCAUCGGUGGUUGUUUUUACUCUAUAACAUAAAACACAAAAAAAUUUUUUUAUCAUAAUUAGUGUGAGUAAAAAAAAAAAAAUCACAUUGAAAAAAAUUAUCACAACAGUAGUUUACAAUUCAUAAAUAAAUAUUAAUGAAUUUGUUAUUUAGUAUUGUUUAAUUAUUAGUCAAUUAAAAUUACUAUUCAAUAGUUAGUUAUUUUAUAAAAAUGAAUUAUUAUAAUUCGACAUAAUCUUCAUUUAACCACACAAUUACUUGGAAGACACUAAUGGAUAAAUAGACAUGUCAUGUAACUUUGUUGAUUUAUUUAUUUUUCAUGAUGACUCUCUUAAUUAAGACCAAAAUGUCGUCCAAUGAUAAAGCAAAAUUUACAAAUAAUCAUUAGAGUUAGAGAGUCUGAAUGUUACUGAAAAAAAUAAUGAAAAAAAAAAAAAAAAAAAAAAAAAAAAAAAAAAAAAAAAAAAAAAAAGGAUAGAAAGAAUGAGAAACAGAAAGAAAGGGCCCGUUUUUCAAACCAAGUUUAGUUGGAAUCCGGGUUUGAAUUAUUGCUGGUAUAUCUAUAUAUUGUUA